UCGCCUUGAAAAACAUCCUUCCCCUCCAAUUUCUAUCCACAAACAGCAACUUGAAUCUCUCACUGAAAUUGUCACCUUCUUGCAGGAUUUUCUUGAUUCUUAUAUUUCCCCAGUUGUGGAUGACCAUGACGCGGAUCCAUUGGAGCGUCGCAUUGCUGAUGCAGUUUAUGCAGCUGAAGAUGUCAUUGAAUCCCAAAUUGUGUUUCAAAUUGAAAACCAAUCCACAAUUAUUGGAAGAUGUCCAGUUGCAACUACUAACGAGGACUUCUAUCACGAUCUACAACAAGUGAUAGAAACAAUGAAUUUUAUCAAGAAGGAAGCCGCAGCUCAACUGCAGGGAAAGAGUUAACCAUGGCGGCUUAUGGAGCUCUGGUUUCUCUUAUGCAUAUCCUGCAGCCAAUGAAUGUGAUCAAGAAAGAAGCCAUGGAGAUUGCUGCCGCAGCUCAACUGCAGAGAGAAAGGUCUUAUCAACUCAUGCUGGCUCCUCUUCCACUGUCAAGGAAAGCAUAAUGGUGGGCUUCCAAGAGGUGUUAGAUGAAGUGCUGGAUAAGCUCACCGGAGAUCAACACAGUCGCCAAAUCAUCCCAAUUAUGGGGAUGGGCGGCAUUGGUAAGACCACUCUUGCCCGACAUGUAUCUGAGCAUGCGGUUGUUAAAAAGCAUUUUCAUAUUCGUGCUUGGACUACGAUUUCUCAAACUUAUAAUGUUAGAGAAACACUUAGAGAAGUUCUUUUUCAAGCAAGUGGGGAUUCAGUUAGUGAUGAUCUGAGUGAGGACAAAUUGCGAGAAAAAUUGUAUAACUAUUUAUACAAUAGGAGGUAUCUCAUAAUUAUGGAUGAUAUGUGGAGCACAGAGGUGUGGGACAAGAUCAGGUUUUCCUUUCCUGAAUCCAAAAAUGGGAGUCGAAUAAUUGUAACAACUAGGCUGUCAAACUUGAAUUUACAGCUGGAUGAGUAUUAUGGCGUCGGUAUGAAAUUUCUAGAUGAGGCUAAUAGUUGGGUUUUGUUCUCCAACACUGUGUUUGGGGGAGAAAGGUCUCCACUUGAGUUGGAGGAUAUUGGAAAAAAAAUUGUAGCAAAUUGUAAAGGGCUUCCUUUAUCAAUUGUUACAAUUGGAGGUCUUUUGGCAAAAUCUGAGCGCACGAGAGAAUACUGGGUGCGUAUAGAGAAAAAUUUAAAUUCAAUUGUGAUUACGAAUAAUGAUGAAUUUUGCUUGAAAAUAUUGCGAAUGAGCUAUACAUAUCUGCCCAACUAUUUGAAGCCAUGUUUUUUGUAUAUGGGUGUUUUUAAGGAAGAUCGUUCAAUUCGUGUCUCAAUGCUAAAGAAGCUAUGGGUUUCAGAAGGAUUUUUAAAACCCGUGAGUGGAAAAUGUUGGGAAACAAUAGCAGAAGAGUACUUGAAGGAGUUGGUAGAUAGAAAUCUGAUUUUCGUUGAUAAGUUGGGGGUGUUUAGUGGAAAUGUAAAAUUUUGUAAGAUUCAUGAUUUGUUGAGGGAUGUGUGCUUGAAAGAAGUUGAAAAGGAGAGGUUUUAUCAUAUCAUAGAAAAGACUCCUUCAGUCAUAGAUAAGGAAUGUCGUCGGGUUGUUUUAAAAAAUGCUGGAAGUUGGGUAACAAGCGAAGUCUCGAGAUCUUUGUCACAUGCUCGUUCUAUUAUAGGCGAUCAGAAUGAACAAAACUUUGUAAGGCCUUACAAUUUUAGAUUGUUGAGAACAUUUAAAGCAUAUGAUAGAGAUACACUUCAAUUCGGAUCUGGUGUUCAUUUACUAGACGAUGUUUUUGAAUUGGUGAACUCACGGCACAUUGCUGUUAGUCUUGCUUCGGAGUCUGAAUUCCCGUCUUCAAUCAAUUUGCUUUGGAAUCUAUCUACGUUAAUUGUUUAUGUGCGUGGGUCUGAAGUUGUUGCACCGAUUGAGAUUUGGAAAUUGCAUCAACUUAGGCAUCUCGAGUUUGUGGAUAUAGGAGGAAUGAUUCUCCCAGAUCCUCCGAGUGAUGAUAUCGUUAUCAUGGAGAAUCUACAAACGCUCAAAGGAGUAAAGAAUUUGUAUUUGAAUGAGGAGGUGGUUAAAAGAAUUCCCAAUCUCAAGAAAUUGCGUCUAAUCUACGAUAUGGAAGAUGUGGGGUUUUUGGGUGCAUUGAAACCAUUGGAGAGAGCAAACUGUUUGAGCUAUCUUCAGUGCCUGAGUAAAUUGAAAAACUUGAUCUGCCACUUCUCUUUUUAUGGAUAUACUAGAAAUUUUACACCGCGUAGCACGCGGUGUUUCUAUAAUUGCUCCGUGAAUUAUGGGAUCAGUAACGAUGCUAAUCAAAUCAUUUCCAAGUGUAGCCAUAUUAUACUAUGA